AUGUCAUCAGUAUGUGGAUGGCACCCGGCUCUAUCUGUUGUUGGAUGGCUUCCAGAUGGAUUUUCACAGUUGUUAAACCUAACGCAGCUAUACCUGAACGAUGCUUUUCUUGAGUUCUUACCAGCCAAUUUUGGCAGGUUAACUAAACUCCAGAUUUUAGAACUUAGAGAAAACCAGUUAAAAAUGUUGCCAAAAACCAUGAGCAGACUGACUCAGUUGGAGAGACUGGACCUGGGAAGUAAUGAAUUCACAGAAGUGCCUGAAGUACUUGAACAAUUAAGUGGGUUAAAAGAAUUCUGGAUGGAUGGAAACAGACUAGCUGUUAUUCCAGGGUUUAUGGGCAGUUUGAAGCAAUUGACUUACUUGGAUGUUUCCAAAAACAACAUUGAAACACUUGAAGAAGGCGUUUCAGGAUGUGAAAGUUUACAAGACCUACUGUUGUCUAGUAAUUCACUGCAGCAGCUGCCAGAGUCUAUUGGUUCUCUAAAGAAAUUAACAAUUCUUAAAAUUGAUGAGAAUCAGCUUAUGUAUUUGCCAGACUCCAUAGGAGGUUUAACAUCUGUUGAAGAACUGGACUGUAGCUUCAAUGAAAUUGAAGCUUUGCCUUCAUCUAUUGGACAGCUCUGUAAUAUAAGGACCUUUGCUGCAGAUCAUAACUUUUUAACACAGUUGCCAUCAGAGAUUGGCAACUGGAAACAUGUAACUGUUCUGUUUCUGCAUUCAAAUAAGCUGGAGUUUCUCCCGGAUGAAAUGGGUGAUAUGCAGAAAUUAAAAGUUAUCAAUCUAAGUGAUAAUAGAUUGAAAUAUUUGCCUUAUAGCUUUACAAAGCUGCAACAGUUGACUGCUAUGUGGUUAUCAGACAAUCAGUCUAAACCGCUCAUUCCUCUUCAAAAAGAAGCUGAUCCAGAAACACAGAAAACGGUACUUACUAAUUACAUGUUCCCCCAACAACCAAGAUCUGAAGAUGUUAUGUUCAUAUCAGAUAAUGAAAGUUUCAAUCCUUCACUUUGGGAAGAACAAAGGAAACAGCGAGCUCAGGUGGCUUUUGAAUGUGAUGAAGACAAAGAUGAAAGGGAGGCACCACCCAGGGAGGGCAAUUUGAAGAGGUACCCAACACCUUACCCUGAUGAGCUGAAGAAUAUGGUCAAAACAGUUCAGACAAUAGUACACAGAUUGAAAGAUGAAGAAAACGCAGAAGAUGCUCAUAAAGACACAAAGCAAGAAAAUCAGCAAGUUUUAGUGAAGGAUGUGGGUGUAAAGACUUCAGAAAUCACUACAGCAAAGAAGAAAACAGAAAAUGAGCAGACUAUCAUGAUGGGAAAUUGCUUGCAGAAGCCUAAUGAACUAGAGGCUGAGAAUAGCUCUGGAAACUCACAGAUGAAUGCCCAAGUUAAAACCUCAGAAAAUGCAGUGCCGAUCGCGAAUCACGAAGACAUGCCUGAGGAGUCAGAAGACCUCUCCUCUGAUGAAGAAAUGAAGAUAGCAGAAAUGAGGCCACCAUUGAUAGAAACUUCCAUUAAUCAACCAAAAGUGGUAGCCCUUGGUAGCAGCAAAAAAGAUGACAGUAAAGAUGUAGAUUCAUUAUCGGAUGAACCUACCCACAACAGCAACCAGAACAACAGCAAUUGUUCCUCCCCUUCUCGGAUGUCUGAUUCAGUUUCCAUAAAUACUGACAGCAGCCACGAAGCAUCACUGUGCUCUCCAGAGAAAGAAAGAAACAUGUCCAUCACUUCUAAAAUUAGGCAAGAAGAUGAAAAUUCUAAUAGCCUAUUACAAAAUGGAGGUGAAAUAAAUGUCACAGCAGAAGAAAAACUGGUUGCCCAAGAUAGAGUUACCAAUUUUACUGAAUUUACAUUAAGCAUUGAAGAGAGAUUAGCUUUAAUAGAGAAAGGUGUUGAACUAAACAGCGCUACUGACGAAAGUCACAAAUUGCAGCAAAUCAGCAUGAAUAUCUGCAAGUUGGCUGGUGAGGAAGGAAUGCAAUCAAAUGUGGAACGAAUAAAAACACAGGAAGUAGCAUCCAUUAAGGGCUUUUUAAACAACAACUUUAAAGGAGAGAUGGAGCACAUGGGAAAUGAAAAGAAAUCUUCUAAUCUGUGCCCUUUAAAUAAUGUCAAUGGACAUUCUGAAGAAGUACCUCACUCUACAGGAAAAUCAGAACUGAAGAGAAGUGCUACGCUUGAUACAGAUUCUUCUUCGGAAAUGUGUCUCUCAAAGAGCACUGAAGAUUUGUCCCCACAGCGGAGUGGGCCAGUUGUGAAAUCUCAUAGCAUAACUAACAUGGACAUGGGGGCUCUGAAAAUCUAUGAUAUUAUCAACGACAAUGGAUCACAGCAACUGAGUCCAGUAGUUAAAUCAGUACCUGCAGUUCCGGAUGGAAAAAAUAUUGUCCGUAGCAAGUCAGCUACUCUUCUCUGUGACCAGCCUUUGCAAGUAUUUCCUGGAUCUUCAUCAUCAUCAUCAUCUGAUCUAAUAUGUACAAAAACAGUUUUCAAGUUUGAUUCAAACCAUAAUCCUGAAGGUACUAAUGUAAUAAGAGGGCAAGGGACAAAUACUUCACAACCACCCAGUAAUCCCCAGUAUAACAUUCAAUACAGCAGCAGUAUGGGAGCCAAAGACACUUUGUGGCCCCAAAAGCAGAAUUCUGUCAUUGAACAAAGUUGCUUGCAUCCUCAACGCUUGCCAAGGUCAGAUACUGUAGAAGGCUGCAGUUCUGUGAAAUACUCUGCCAACAUGAAUUUUUCUAACCAUAACAAUGUUAGAGCAAGUGCUGCAUAUAAUAUGCAUCAAAGAAUGGGUGGGAGGCACAUGGAAAUGUGGGCUGUUUCACCAAAUGACAGACUUCUGUCAGGGGCAACCAGAAAUACCCUUCAGCGGCAGAGCAGCGUAUCUUCCACUGCUUCCAUGAAUGUUUGUGAUACUGGACCUCCCCGGCGUCCUCAGAUUCCUGAAGGGGAUUAUUUAACAUACAGGGAUUUGCAUUCGAUGGGAAGAGUCCCACCCAUAAUAUCAGGAGGACCACAAAGACCACUUUCUGCAAGAACCUAUAGUGUUGAUGGUCCAAAUGUACCCCGACCUCAGAGUGCUCGCCCCUCAGCAAAUGAAAUACCAGAGAGAACUAUGUCAGUUAGUGACUUCAAUUAUUCGAGGACUAGUCCCUCUAAAAGAACAAAUCCAAGAGUUAAUUCUGAACACUCUCUGCUAGAUGCUCCAGGAAAAAAUAAAGUCCCUCAUGACUGGAGGGAACAGGUGCUGCGACACAUUGAGGCCAAAAAGUUAGAAAAGAGCAUGCUGUCUAGGUCCUUUAAUUCCAAUUAUGCUCCAGUUAGCAGCUUUCACUAUGGCAGCUCUAGGGAUCUGCAUGGCAGCCAGGGCAAUGUUACCUUGAGUGUUGCAGACGGAAGAAGUUCUGGUGUUCACAUUGGUCGUCAUCCCCAAACAUCUACAUCAGUAGAACAAUGUCAAGACGAUGUAUUUAUUUCUGGACAGCAAAAUUACUCAUCUGCCACACUUAGUCUCAAAGAUGUUGCUCCAGACAGCAUGAAGAAACUUCCUGUACAGAUACCUUUGACAAAUGGGCAGCUGUGCCAGCCUUCAAGACCUCAGGCAAACUAUACUCAAGUUCAUCAUCCUGCUCCCCAAACAUCUGUAGCAAGACAUCCUUCUAGAGAGCAACUGAUCGAUUAUCUGAUGCUGAAAGUUGCCCAUCAGCCCCCCUACACUCAGUCCCAAGGUUUAUCCAGGCAGAGCCAUGAGCUGUCAAAGCAAGAGAUUCGAGUGAGAAUUGAGAAGGAUCCAGAGCUUGGAUUUAGUAUAUCAGGAGGAGUUGGUGGUAGAGGAAACCCAUUCAGACCUGAUGAUGAUGGUAUAUUUGUAACCAGAGUGCAGCCGGAAGGACCAGCAUCUAAACUCUUGCAACCAGGAGACAAAAUUAUUCAGGCUAAUGGCUAUAGCUUCAUCAGUAUUGAUCAUGGACAAGCGGUAUCUUUGCUAAAGACUUUUCAGAACACGGUGGAACUCAUCAUUGUGAGAGAGGGUUCUUAAAUACUGUGGAGAAAAGGGAAAUGCCAGCAUGCUUCUUUGAAGGACUUGUUGAAAAUGGAAUAUUUUGAUUAUUUUUAUAUGUGAAAAGAACUUUUAAAAUUAUGUACAGUAAUACAAUAAUGAACUUGUGGUUAUAGGGGGAAGAACCACUGUAAAGAACAUAAACAAAGUUUUGGAAAUGCGUGUGGUAACAAACCCUUGAGUUUUAAAGCAUUGGAGCAAUCAAAGAUCACUCCUCCAAGAACAAACCUGUGGUGUUUUUUUGUACAGAUGGUGGAUUUAUUUUUGGAUAAUUCAUACACAUUACUAAACUUUGCGUAAAGUUAUGAGGAGCCUCAGUUGUAGCCAGUGGACAGACGGCAGGGCUUUCUGUCCUGUAGCUGAGUUUUGCCUUUCUUUUUUUGUUCACCUGGUUUUUAAUAUUUUCGAAACCACUUCUGUAGAUGCAGCUAAGAGAUUUGAAAUGUUGGCAUUGCUAUGUGCAUAUUGUAUAGAUGAAUGGGUAGAUGGAACGUAGAACUGGCUGGAUUAAUUUAAAAGGCCAGGUAAAAUGGCAAUGAAAGUAUGGAAUUGAGAAAGGAAGGGAAGAUAAGUUAACAUGAGAAUGUAUAUCUACCAAUAGAAAAAUGCAAUAAAAUGUGAAGUCUUUUCAGGAAGACUAUAAAUAUACUUCUGGGAGUUCUACAGGAUUGGCUCAUAUCACAUUCACUGACUGUCUUAUUUACUAUGUGUAAUUCAAUUUUGGAUGUUAUUUUUUAAUCAUGCAAUUGUUUUUUUCAUCUGUAUUGUGGAGUUGUACCCAGAGACUCCUUUUUAAAAUGAAAAUCCCCAGCUUUGUGCAAAAUGGUGGUUUUCUUCUGCCUUGUAUAAAAUACUCCAUUUUCAAUUUAUUUAUAGUUUUUUAUUAAAAAAAAGAAGAAAGAAACUGAAAUGGCCAGUUUUUAAGACUGUGUUGCCUGAAACUCAUCACAUAUAUCACAGGUGUGCAUGUUCCAAACCUUGAAUCACUCUGCCAGCAAGAGCCUCAUUCUUUUUAAUGAGGUUUGUGGCAAUGAGCUCUAUGAAGAACAGGCUGCCCAGGAGUCAAAUGGUGCAGGAAGGUUUAAGGAAGAAAUUUUGAACUUGUUUGGCCUUGAAUUGCCUUGUUUAGACUAAAAGGAAACAAUAUGUAUGGAGCUAGGUAACCAAAGCCAGUUUCUGUGAGACUGUUGCACAGCGAUGGGAGGCUUGCUGUUGGGAAGUUGUAGGGCAACGGGAUGGGUACUCGGGACCCACCAGUUUGUAAUGAUCUUUCUCAAAGGGCUGCUCCUACAGGUGACAUUAAAUGUGAACUAGACACUUCAGAGUCAUUAAAGGGUUUCUAACUAUAUUAAUAGUAAUUUACCACAGGCUGCCUUCGUUCCUUCUUACUUGUAUAAAGUAUUGGAUUAUACAUAAUUAAUUUUGUUUAUGACAAACUUCAUUUUUUCCCCUCCUUAUGUAACUGAGAUGAGAUUGCCUAACUUUAAAGGGUAAUAAAUAAUACAUGGUUAUUAUGGACCAGAGAAAAGUGCCAUAGAAGACCAAUAACUGUUUUCUCAUUUUAGUUUUUUUUAAAGGCGGCUAAUGAUUUAUCAUUGGGGCAAUAUUCAGUUACUGCAAUUUUUAACAAAUGGAAAUUGGUAGUUUUAAAGAGAAAUCUAUCAAAAGCACCAGCCUACUGUAGUUUUUUUUUUAAGGACAUGGGAGAGGAGAAAGGAAUCUACACACCAAACAGAGGCAGUACUUUUUAAAUACGCAAGCUCCAAUGAUUAUUGCACUUCAAAGAUGUUAUCAGCUGCAUAUUGUACUGUGUAUAGUUUUAAUAAUUUUAAUUGAAACCCUUUAACAACUCUUUGUACAUUAAUUUUAGUUGAUUUUCAUUAAUAUUUACAUAGGAAUUGAUUUUUUUUAUAUUCGUAGAAAUGUGCUGUAUUUUGAAUAAAUUCACUUAUUUUCUGUGUGCUGUUAAUCUUUAAAGAAGAUGAGAAACAUAACUAUAUAAUGGCGGGCUUCAGUGUUACCUUGCUUCUAAAAGUGUCUUUAAUUUCUUUUUGACGGUUUAAAAUUUCACAUUCGUUGCUUUUAAUAAUACUAGUAAAUUCAGCCUUUUAAAGGGAAUGCAUACAGAUCAGUCCUAAUUUGACCUGAGACACAAACUGUAAUUUUGGGAAGAGCAAAUACCAUAAACCUGAACUGAUUCUUUACUGAUUGUAGACUUAAUUUAAUCAGGUUGAAAUAAGUGGAGUGCUGAAACUAUAUAAACUAUGCUGUUGUGCUUUAAUUUAAUUGGAAUAGUUUUGUAUAACAAGGAAACUGUUGCCAGAAAUAAUAAAUUGUAAAUUUAACACAGCAAAAAUGUGGUGCUUUGUAGCUGUUUGCAAUGAACUAAAAUCAUCUAUGAAAUAUUGAUUAAUAUUUUAUCAUGGAAAAAAUCACACAUUUUGAUACACUAUUUCAUUUUUAUAUUGAGAGAGACUUUUUUUGCUGAAAGAAGUUAUGGAAGAAGCAUCUCAUUUGAAAUGGAGAAAGAAAUAUCCUGAAGCCAUGGAUUUGUAAGGUUUCUCAUCUUGUCCAAUAUAUUUCAUCUUGUCCAAUAUCUGCAAAUUCUGUUUUGGCAUUGAUUGAAUAUAGUUGCUUGUUAGUUCAAUGCUCCUUUUGGGACAGUUCAUUAAAGAAUCAGUUCAAAUUUAAAAAAAUUCUGGAAGAAAAAUCCCAAAUAUUUAUUGUGUAAAUAUAUAUAUUUUUUACUUUUUUGGACUGGAGUUUCAAAUGUGUAUAUACUUGAACGCAUUAUAUGAACACAAUCAUAGCAAUAAGCAACACAGAGAACCAAGCAUUCAUGAUUAAUUUGCUGUACUACUUUUUAAAAAAGUAAUUAUUCCCUUGUCAGCAGCUAUGUAAUGUUUUUAUCAAUCCGAUCAGCGUUUACUCAGCAUUCCAAAUUUUUGUAUAUAAUUAAAUUGUUUCUGAAGUAAC